GCCGCCCGCGCCGGCGGCGGCCGCGGCCCCAGCAUGGGGCUGAAGCCCUGGCAGAAGGCUCUGUUCCCCCUGCGCUCCGUGGCCGCCGUGGUGCGGCUCUUCGAGGCCGAGCUGCGGCAGCCCGAGCCCGACCUGGUGCUGCUCUCGCUGGUGCUGGGCUUCGUGGAGCAUUUCCUGGCCGUCAACCGAGUCCUCCCCACCAACGUCCCCGGGCUCACCUUCGAGUCCCGGCCCGGGCCGGACCCGCAGACCCGGCUGUACUUCCCGGUGGCCGAGCUGUCCAUCGUGGCCGCGCUCUACGCCCGCUUCACGGCGCAGAUCCGGGGGGCCGUGGACCUGUCCCUGUACCCCCGGCCCGACGGCUGCUCCUCGCGGGAGCUGGUGAGGAAAGUGUCCGAUGUCAUCUGGAACAGCCUCAGCCGCUCCUACUUCAAGGACCGGGCUCACAUCCAGUCCCUCUUCAGCUUCAUCACGGGUACGAAGCUGGACAGCUCAGGUGUGGCCUUCGCCGUGGUCGGCGCCUGCCAGGUGCUGGGGCUGCCGGACGUGCACCUGGCCCUGAGCGAGGACCACGCCUGGGUGGCCUUUGGGGCCGGGGGGUCCCAGACUGCCGAGGUCACCUGGCACGGGAAGGGCAACGAGGACAGGAGGGGACAGCCCGUGCAGGCCGGGGUGGCCGAGAGGAGCUGGCUGUACCUGAAGGGCUCCUACCUGCGCUGCACGCGGCACAUGGAGGUGGCGUUCAUGGUGUGUGCCAUCAACCCGUCCAUCGACGGCCACACUGACAGCCUGGAGCUGCUGCAGCUGCAGCAGCGCCUGCUGUGGCUGCUCUACGACAUGGGGCACCUGGACAGGUACCCCAUGGCGCUGGGGAACCUGGCCGACCUGGAGGAGCUGGAGCCCACCCCCGGCAGACCCGACCCCCUCACCCUGUACCACCAGGGCAUCCACUCUGCCCGCACCUACUACAACAAUGAGCACAUCUACCCCUACCUGUACCUGGCUGGCUUCCACUGCCGCAACAAGAACGUCAAGGAGGCCCUGGAGGCCUGGGCUGACACGGCCACCGUCAUCCAGGACUACAAUUACUGCCGUGAGGACGAGGAGAUCUACAAGGAAUUCUUUGACGUGGCCAACGACGUCAUCCCCAACCUGCUCAAGGAGGCGGCGGCCGAGCCCCCCCCGGGGGCUGAGGGGGCUCCCGGGGGUCUCCCAGCCCUGCAGGACCCCGAGUGCUUCGCUCACCUGCUGCGCUUCUACGACGGCAUCUGCAGGUGGGAGGAGGGGAGCCCCACGCCCGUCCUGCACGUGGGCUGGGCCACCUUCCUCGUGCAGUCCCUGGGCCGCUUCGAUGGCCAGGUGCGCCAGCAGGUGACCCUGCUCUCCGAGGACCCCACCCCCCCCGAGGCAGAUCUGGGGGGUCCCGAGGACCCCCGCGAUGGCCGCCGCCGGGGUCCCCGCCGCGAAUCCAAACCCGAGGAGCCGCCCACCCCCAAAAAACCCACCCGAGCGCCGCCCCCUCCCCGCGCCCCCCGCCCCGAGGAGACCCCGGCUCCCCUUCCCCCUCCUCCUCCUCCUCCUCCUCCCCCCACCACCGCCGCAGCGCCCCCGGCCCCCGGGACCCCCGCGACCCCCGGGCCGGCCCCGGCCGCGCCCCCGCCGCCCCCGGCGGGGCCGGUGCUGCGGUUCCGCUCGCAGAAGAUGCGCGGCAUGAAGGAGCUGCUGCGGGCGGCCAAGGUCAACUCGAGCGCCAUCAAACUGCAGCUCACGGCCCAGUCCCAGGUGCAGCCGCGCCGGCCCCGCGCCCCGCCCGGCGCCUACCCCCUGCCCUUCCUCAAGAGACCCCGGAAAGGCUCCUAGGGAGCCCCAAAAAGGGUCCUGGGGAACCCCAAAAACCCCAGAGAGACCUUGAACAGGGUCCUAGGGAGCCCCAAAAAAACCCCAAAUCCCUGGGAGAUUCAGUGUCCCCCUGCCCUUCCUCAAGAGAUCCUGAACAGGGUCCUGGGGAACCCCAAAAACCCCAGAGAGACCCCGAAAAGGCUCCUGGGGAGCCGCAAAAGACUCCUAGGGAGCCCCAAAAUCCCAGGGAGACUCCUAAAAGGGUCCUGGGGAGCCCCAAAAACCCAAGAGAGACCCUGAACAGGGUCCUGGGGAGCCCCAAAAUCCCUGGGAGAUGCAGUGCCCACCCUGCCCUUCCUCAAGAGACCCCACAAACCCCAAAGAGACCCCAAAAAGGGUCCUAGGGAGCCCCGAAAUCCCAGCCUGGCCCUGCCCCAGGUGCAGCCCCCCUCAACCCUUUGUCAACAGGUUCCAGAAAAAAUUCUCUCCCCAGAUUGGAAGAAUUUGGGGUGGAAUUUGGGCAGGAAUGAGGGGCUGGGGGGUACAAGGGGCUGGGGACGGGAGAUUUUGGCGGGGUGGGGGGGUUUGGAUUUGGGGGUUUAGGCAGCAGAGGGGGCGUCAGGCAGAGGAUUUUUGGGGGGCACAGCUCAGUUUUGGGGUGCCCAACACGAGGCCUUCGGGG